AUGGCCUUCAAGACUCUCCUGUUUGGCUUGGCCGCCGCACAAGCCGUCACUGCACACUUCAGUGUUGUGUAUCCCGAGUGGCGAGCCGAUACCCUGGCUGAGAAAAACAUGGACAAGUACAGCCAAUGGGAAUAUCCUUGCGGCGGUGUUCCCUACAACGCCAGCGGCAACAUCACCAACUGGCCCAUCAACGGAGGUGCCGUUGAGCUCGAGCUUCACCACCCCUGGACAUACCUCUUCAUCAACCUCGGCCUGGGAGCAAACACCACAAACUUCAACAUCUCCCUCACCCCCGAACUCCUCAACGUCACCGGCAAGGGCACUCUCUGCAUCGACAAGCUCCCCGUGGCCCUCGAGGACAUCGCUGAAGGAACUCUGGCGUCUAUCCAGGUUGUCACGAGUGGCGAUUCUGGCAGCGCCUUGUAUAACUGCGCCGAUGUCCGACUCACCAAUAACACUACGCCGAGAAAGUGCUCAACCUCGGAUGGCAUGGUUGUGCACACAAUCAAGGAUCAGUCGGACAAUAGCACUUCCCAGGAUGGCGCCGAAGGCGCUGACAGCGCCGACACGGAGGACAAGAAGAAUGCUGCUGGCCUUCUAGGCACUGACAAGACUGUUCUGACAACAGUUGUUGGACUGGCGGUUGCAUUCUCUCUGGGAUUGGGCAUCUAA